CUGCAUUCAAAGACUUCCCCCGGGACCACUUGACUUCAACCAGCUCACGGAUGGGACCGCAGGAGCAAGCCUGCAACAUUUCCUCACCACAGCGUUGAGUCACCCAAAAAAAGUGGCAAGUGAAUGGAGUCGGGCAAGAACACCAAAACGGGCGUCCUCUCAUGGACUCCCGCUCCCAAGUGCGUCUCACCCGCCACUUCUGAAACGUCGGAAGAUGCGUGGGAUGAGGAGGAAGAACAAGAUGACGACUUUUACGCUCAGAUGGAGGAGAAUGGCAUCAUUGGGUUGACACUGGUGGAUGACCCGCGCGAUGCAGAAUGUAACGGAACCUCAUCUCGUGGACCCGCCACCCCGGAAGGUCUCGCUAUCUGCGUGGUACCGGAUAUGCCACCUGAUGAGCUCUGCUCCACCCUCGAUGAACAUCUUGAAGAUGUACUGUCACCCUUCUGCGAUGACGUUUGCGUCUUAAAAGAACGAGGACAUCAUCAGGCCAAGGCAAACGAGAGGGAGACGCCAAAAGGGCGGAAGACGGAGCAGCGCUUCUCCGAGCGGGACUCGCAAUUUGACACGGCUCAGGGGGAGAGAGAUGGAACAGAAGUGGAAGCCAAUGGAGAUUGCAAACCUCGGUGUCCAACACAGCGGGCUUCUUCUCGUCCAACGCUUCCCAUGUUCUCUCACCUGUGCCGUUUUACUUUGGAGGAAAUGGCCGCUGCUCCAGGGAUCGCGAGUGAAACCGUUCCAGACAUGUGCUUUACGGACUUUCCAGACACUCACAGCCUCAUGAGCUGCGUGUCCAGCCUUCACCAUCAAGAAAGCUCUGAAGAAGAAGAAGACCAAGAAGAUGCUCUCUCUGCUCAACCACAGAGCAGUGAGAAUUCACAGACUGGUCUUAAAAAACCCGCCCCCUCACCGGGGCCGCGGUCGCAGCCCCGUCAUGACGCGGCACUUCCACGGACCAGUUCUUACGACAAACCAAAGGAAGAUUGCCAUCACGCUCCCAGAAGAGCGGACGAAUGCAGAAAAGCCUACCCAAAUCACGGGGUUCCAGAUUUGUCCAAAGUAAAGCCGAGGGUGUCUUUCCCGAAAGGGGAUUACAAGCCUCCCAAGAGCAGAUGGUCUUCCAAGAAUCCUCCCAAGUCCCUGACGCCGGAGGCCCCCGUUGUCUUUAAAUCUCCCGCUGACAUCGUUAAAGAAGUUCUGCUGAACACGACCGACGGACCUCAGCCGCCAUUAGACUUGAACAAAAGAACAUCUGCCGGCACCGUGCCUCAAGAGUUCCUGUCCCAGCAGAAGGCCGGUAUCCUGCUGGAUCAGCUCCAGGAGGACCAUGGCCGACUGCUGACCAAGUACGCCGAAGCGGCCAACACAAUCGAUCGCCUGCGGCUGGAAGCCAAGGUGAACCUGUACUCUGAGCAGCAAAUGCCCGCUCACGUCGUGCCAUCGGGACAACACGCCGAGCCUUCAAAGUUCAUGCGGCUGGACUUUCCUCAAGCUCAGAAAGCGCAGCCCGGCGCCGUUUCUCCUCCGCCGAGUGGACCCAGCACGCACAUCAGAGCUUCCUCCAGCCUAUUUUUAUCUUCCUCCAUUUCAAAGAGUUUGGAGUCGCCAGGCAAUCGCAGGGUGGCGAAUGCGCUCUUCGCACAGGCCGACAAGUUCCUCCAGCAGCUCCAACAUUUUGAGGAAUUUCUGAAGAGCAAAAUGCCUUUCCAAAUGGUGAAGGGACUUGCACAACUUUAUCAAGGACUGGACUCUUUGGAAAAGGGCUACCUGGCAGCCAGGAAAGAACACAAAGUCCAACAGCAGCAAGGGGCAGAGCACAGCCACUUUGACCCCAAUCGCGAGCUGGAGGAGUUCAUUUACCAAUGUGGGCGGCAUAUGGACGAGCUGAAAGAGAGGGUGGAUCGCAAUUCCCGCGCUGCUGAUUCUGCUCGUUCUCUUUCACCUGAAGACCCAAAAUCCCCUGCGUGUGACGAUUCUCACGUUGAGAGUCAACAUACACCUUUGUCGCUUGAUUCAGUCGAUCUGACCAACAAGGAAGUUGGGCCGGGCAACGUGAAUUCUUCCCACUUCAAGAAAAGAUGCGAUGAACAAGCCACAGACGUCGAUCAGAGUGCAACCGCGCGUCUCACGCCAACUCCUGCCAGCAGCAGGAGGAGGAAGGAGGUUCGGAAGUCCUACAGCAGCAGUCAGUGCAGUCUGGCAGAAAUCAGCGCAUCAGAGAAGAGAAGCGCCAAUCUGCAAACGGGAAUGAGGAGAGUGCUUUCUCAGGACGGGGGCAUUUCUCCAGGAACCGACAGCGGCUUUGUUGGAUCUGAGUGCAGUCAUCAGAUUUGGGCUGCAACUCACGACACUUGCCAGCAGAGAGCCUCAAAGCGUGUUUCAGGGCCUGCAGAAGUCAGCUCAGUCAAGCCUCAGACCAUCCGAACCUCCACACCAUCUCGGGACUCCUCGCAAUCGCACAGGCGCGCGUCACGCGAACCCAAUGAAUAUUUCCAGCAGGCGAUGAGGGGAUCCUGUCCGGGGGAGCGCACGCAAAGGCAGCGGGUCCAUCCUCAGACGUACUCAAUCAGGACCGACAGUGAAAUAACCCAUCCUGUGUCUGACGACAUACAAAGUGAUCAGUAUGAAGAAACCCUCCUCCCCUGUUCCUCCCCAAGCUCCUCCUGCUCCACUGUCCGUCAUCACCAUAGCGACUCUCUGAAAACGCUGAGGUCCAGUGAGAGGGUGACUUGCAAUGAGUCCAGCCAGGCUUCGCAGUCCUUCAAGUGCACCGCGCCAGCACACAUAGGGGAGAGUCCCACCUCGAAGCCCCUUUCUGGAACUAAUUCCACUCAAGGCAACUGUACGCAACACAGAACCUCACAUGCCCUCAGGUGUCGAGACCACUCGAGCGAUGUCAGUAGAAGCAGCAGGAAGAAAUGGUCCAUCGAUGGCAAUGAGGUGGAGAAGGUGACGAGACGCACAGCCAGAAAAAGAUUGACCCACAAACAACAAACACGACGUGACACAACAACUGCGACAGAGGACGAAAAUGCUGCGCAGCGACUUCUGGUGUCAAGAUCCACCCAAACAUCUAUUGCAGCAACUGACAUCCAACUUUCAUACGCAAGUGACCAAGUCCAGCACAUAAAGCGGGAUAAUGCAGAGCGCGCAGACGACAAUGAUGGCCGGACAAGCGGAGUUCUUCCUUGUUCUCAGUGUUUGUCACAUCACAAAGUGUCUCCUGAAAAACCUUCGGAACAAGCAGGUGGCCACCGAGAGCCCGCCCAGUUCUGUUCCUGUCAUUGUCAUCGCUGUCACCAUUGUAGACAUUCUGAAACCAAGACGGCCAAUGAGCAAGACUGUUGCAGAGACUCAAACACCUCCAAGAUCUCCAGCUGCACACCAUCGGAGUCUCCCAACAAAGCGGCACCACCUGCCGUCUGCCCGUCAUUGUGUCCUACACCGUUACUCCUGUAUCUCCAACCUCAACCCGUCCACGUGUGCACCAACAACACGGGCUCUCCCUCAAAGGUGGACAGUAGCAAAGAAGAGGAGAGGUUGCGCCCCUCGCCGUGCGUUGUUCCGGAACGCUCUGUGGAUGACGCCCUCCUUGCUGCGCAGAAGAUAAAAGACGUGUCAAAACGCAUGGUGCGUUCACUGACAGCAGGCAUGCGCUCGCUGGAGCGACUCUCCAAGUCCCGCUCCAAUUCCAACUCGGACUGACUAGUUCCCAGAGCCCGCCUGGUGCAGGCGCAGUGACUUCUCACAAAACGUUUUACACGAUAUAACAGCAGUAUAAAGGUUACACAAUUUGUGAAAUACGGAUUAUUGUGUGAUCAAUAUUGUACAGUGAGGUUAUUUAGCAAAGUUGUGUAAAUGAAGAUGAUGCCCAUAAGUUUACUUUGGCCAGAAAACUAAAGUACCAUCCAAGUAUGAAUACCCUUUACUUUUACACGAGCUAUUCUUGUAUUCUAUCUGUCUACGAGUACUCUCUGUUAAAUUAUAAAUUAAAACAAUAUGUUUUAACACUU